AUGGAUGGCUUGGUUUCAGUCAGUUUGUGUGAGGAAGUUGUGAACAAAAGUACUUUUGUGGGAUCCCCAUGGGAUUCAUGGUGGGUGUUUGGCAGUGCGUUCGUACUGCGUUUAGUUGCACCGCACCGCACAGCACCACAAUGUCAGAGAGAUUCGCCAACUACGAUAGCAGGAAGGCCCACUAUUAGUGACAAUUAUUUUUUGAAAGCUAGAAAGGAGUGUUAUGUGUUUCCUCACAGAAUUCGGUCUAUCAGCCCAAGCCCAAGUUACUGUCGGUCUCUGUCAUUCCGGCUAGACUCCAGGGCCGAAAACACACAAAGCGCGACUGCUCAAGCGGCACUCUCAGUCCGAGCUCGCACCGUAGAAUACCACCUCAUGGCGAAGGAACCUGCUUCGAAAGCUAAUAAACUUCCCUCCUCUUUAGCCUCCUCCGCCUCUGUCUCCGCCAAGACCACCACCUCGGCCGACGAGUCCUGCAAUCAGAAAAUGGUGUUGAGGUCAAAUGCAAAAAAGUGGUCGGUAAGCCUGAGUGAGGAAGAGGAGGGACGCAAAACAGCUAAGAAACGCAAAACCACGCAGAAGAAGAAAAUUGACAAGUUUGAGGCCAAAAAGCCUAAGAAACCUCCUACUGCUUUUUUCUAUUUCUUGGAAGAUUUUCGCAAGGAAUUUCAAGAGCAAAAUCCUGGUGUAAAGUCUAUGCGUGAUAUUGGCAAGGCAUGUGGAGAGAAGUGGAAAACAAUGACAUAUGAGGAAAAGGUUCAAUAUUACCAUAUAGCCACAGAGAAGCGAGCAGAGUUUGAUAGAACCAUGGCAGAUUAUGUCAAAAGACAGGAAAAUGGUGAAUAUGAAGAAGGAGCGGAGGGUGUCUCAGAUUCAGAGUCGGAUGAGUAAAGCUCUCCUUGUUGUAUGGGUGUAAUUGUUGGCAGUAGCUGUAGAAGGUCAAUGGGCAGGAAGUUGUAUAUUAACAUAUAGGGAGCUGAUAUGGUGUUUUAUCAGUCAACCAUUGAUGUCUGUAUCAUUUUUUUUUGGUGUAAAUUACUGCUUGACAAUUCUGUCUACGGAAUUUUGAUUCAGACUUGAAAUUGA